GCGGCGGCGGGGGCGGUUGCUGCAUCCGGUACUGGGGUCGCUGCCGGAAGCGCAGGCGCGGUGGAUGCAGCCCGCCCGGGGCCUCUGCUGGCUGUGAGCUCGUCAUGGCGACCAAGUGGAGGCCUUACCACCUGGUGGUGUUCGGCGCCUCUGGUUUCACCGGCCAGUUCGUGACCGAGGAGGUGGCCCGGGAGCAGGCGGUCGCGCAGGGGGGCUCCCUCCUGCCCUGGGCCGUAGCGGGCCGUUCCCGGGAGAAGCUGCAGCAAGUGCUGGAGAGGGCUGCCCUGAAGCUGGGAAGACCAACUCUGUCAUCUGAAGUUGAAAUCAUAGUUUGUGAUGUUAGUAAUCCAGCCUCACUUGAUGAAAUGGCCAAACAGGCAACAGUUGUCCUCAAUUGCGUAGGACCAUAUCAAUUUUAUGGAGAACCUGUAGUAAAAGCCUGUGUGGAAAAUGGAGCCAGCUGUGUUGACAUCUGUGGAGAGCCUCAGUUUCUGGAACUAAUGCAUUGGAAGUACCACGAGAAGGCUGCGGAAAAAGGGGUUUACAUCAUUGGAAGCAGUGGCUUUGACUCCAUUCCGGCAGAUCUGGGAGUAAUAUAUAUGAGCAAUAAAAUUAAUGGUACUUUGACCGCAGUGGAAAGUUUCCUGACCAUACAUUCAGGACCCGAGGGACCGUGCAUUCACGAUACCACCUGGAAGUCCGCGGUCUAUGGUUUCGCAAACAGGAGGAACUUGACGAAGCUACGAAAACAGGCAAAUCUGAAACCCGUCCCAAUUGUUGGUCCAAAAUUGAAAAGAAGGUGGCUGGUGUCCUACUGCAGGGAGCUCGGCAGCUACUCCAUUCCUUUUGUGGGAUCAGACGUGUCUGUUGUGAAGCGAACACAGCGUUACUUGCAUGAAAAUUUAGAGCAGUCGCCUGUGCAGUACGCCGCGUACGUGACGGUGGGGGGCCUCUCCUCUGUCGUGAAGCUGAUGUUUGCGGGGCUUUUCUUUUUGUUCUUUGUGAAGUUUGGCAUUGGAAGGCAACUUCUCAUAAAAUUCCCAUGGCUCUUCUCCUUCGGUUAUUUUUCAAAACACGGUCCAACACAAAAACAGAUGGAUGCCUCAUCAUUUACAAUGACGUUCUUUGGUCAAGGAUACAGCCAAGGCUCUAGUCCCGACACGAGCAAACCCAACGUCAGAAUCUGUACUCAGGUGAAAGGACCAGAGGCUGGCUACGUGGCGACCCCCAUAGCCAUGGUCCAGGCAGCCAUGACUCUCCUGAAUGACGCCUCUGACCUUCCCAAGGCGGGCGGGGUCUUCACCCCGGGAGCGGCCUUCUGCAGGACAAAGCUGAUUGACAGGCUCCACCAGCGCGGCAUUGAAUUCAGUGUCAUUAGCAGCUCCGAAGUCUAAACCUUUGAAGAAUUAACCAGUCAUAACAUGCGUGAACUAACAACUUUUUAUCUGAUAUUUGAAAUUAUCCUAUAAGGCUGUGUGGAAGAGAUCAUCAAAUCUAAAAUAUGUACACAUUAAAAGCAAGAAAUUAUACUAGCUUACCCUAAAUUUCAAA